CGCGGAGUGGAUCCUGUGGCUGAAUCUGGGGAGGAGGGGCCUAAGGCGUGAGGGAAGCUGCGAUGAGGACCUCGUUGAAAUGGAAAAUUAAAAUCGAUCAGUGUAUCUAUGGCCUCGCAUUUAAGCCCGAUGGAACUCAACUGAUUGUGGCUGCAGGAAACAAGUUACUGGUUUAUGACGCCUCUGAUGGAUCCUUACUUCAGCCCCUUAAGGGACACAAAGACACGGUGUACUGUGUGGCAUAUGCAAAGGAUGGCAAGCGGUUUGCUUCUGGAUCAGCUGACAAAUGCGUUAUCAUUUGGACGUCAAAACUGGAAGGCAUUCUGAAGUACACGCACUGCGACUCUGUACAGUGUGUCUCUUACAACCCUAUCACCCACCAGUUGGCAUCUUGUUCCUCCAACGAGUUCGGGCUGUGGUCUCCUGAGCAGAAGUCUGUCUCCAAGAACAAACCCAGCAGCAAGAUCACCUGCUGCAGCUGGACAAAUGAUGGCCAGUACCUGGCUCUGGGGAUGUUCAAUGGCGUUAUCAGCAUACGGAACAAAAAUGGUGACGAGAAGGUGAAGAUCGAGCGGCCUGGAGGCACCCUCUCCCCAAUAUGGUCCAUCUGCUGGAACCCUUCAAGAGAGGAACAUAAUGACAUCCUGGCUGUAGCUGACUGGGGACAGAAACUUUCCUUCUACCAACUGAGUGGAAAGCAGAUUGGGAAGGAUCGGCCACUGAACUUUGAUCCCUGCUGCAUCAGCUACUUUACAAAGGGAGAGUACAUUUUGCUGGGGGGGUCAGACAAACAAGUGUCCCUUUUCACCAAAGACGGAGUGCGUCUUGGGCCUGUUGGGGAGCAGAACUCCUCCUGGGUGUGGACGUGUAAAGUGAAACCUGAUUCCAACUAUGUGGCAAUAGGCUGCCAGGAUGGCACCAUUAGCCUCCACCAGCUGGUCUUCAACACAAUCCAUGGGCUUUACAAGGACCGUUAUACCUAUAGGGACAGCAUGACUGAUGUCAUUGUGCAGCACCUGAUUACCGAGCAGAAAGUUCGGAUUAAAUGCAGAGAGCUUGUCAAGAAAAUUGCCAUCUACAAAAAUCGAUUAGCUAUCCAACUUCCAGAGAAAAUCCUCAUCUAUGAGUUGUAUUCAGAUGACUCGUCAGACAUGCAUUACCGGGUGAAGGAGAGAAUGAUCAGGAAGUUGGAGUGCAACCUCCUUGUGGUUUGUGCCAACCACAUCGUCCUCUGCCAGGAGAAGCGGCUGCAGUGCCUGACCUUCAGUGGAGUGAAGGAGCGGGAAUGGCAGAUGGAAUCUCUCAUUCGAUACAUCAAGGUGAUUGGUGGCCCUCCUGGAAGGGAAGGUCUGUUAGUGGGCCUGAAGAAUGGACAGAUCCUGAAGAUCUUUGUGGACAAUCUCUUUCCCGUCGUCCUGCUGAAGCAGGCCACAGCUGUUCGCUGCUUGGACAUAAGUGCCACCCGGAAAAAGCUUGCUGUGGUGGAUGAAAACGACACGUGCCUGGUAUAUGACAUCCAUACCAAGGAGCUGCUUUUUCAGGAACCAAAUGCCAACAGUGUGGCCUGGAACACCCAGUGUGAGGACAUGCUCUGUUUCUCUGGAGGAGGCUACCUCAACAUCAAGGCCAGCAACUUCCCUGUGCACCAGCAGAAGCUGCAGGGCUUUGUGGUCGGCUACAAUGGCUCCAAGAUCUUCUGCCUCCAUGUCUUCGCUAUGUCUGCUGUGGAGGUGCCGCAGUCAGCUCCAAUGUACCAGUACCUGGAUAAGAAAAUGUUCAGAGAAGCCUACCAGAUUGCUUGCUUGGGUGUGACGGACACUGAUUGGCGGGAGCUGGCCAUGGAGGCUCUAGAAGGACUAGAGUUUGAAACUGCAAAGAAGGCUUUCGCUAGAGUCCAAGACCUGCGGUACUUAGAGCUGAUCAGCAGCAUCGAGGAGAGGAAGAAGCGGGGCGAGAGCAACAAUGACCUGUUUUUGGCAGAUGUGUUUGCCUACCAAGGGAAGUUCCACGAAGCCGCCAAACUGUACAGGAGAAGCGGGCGUGAGAGCCUCGCACUUGACAUGUACACCGACCUCUGCAUGUUCGAGUACGCCAAGGAUUUCCUUGGAUCUGGAGACCCCAAAGAAACAAAGAUGCUAAUCACUAAGCAGGCUGACUGGGCCAGAAAUAUCCAUGAGCCUAAAGCCGCUGUGGAGAUGUACGUCUCAGCGGGGGAGCAUGUCAAGGCCAUCGAGCUCAGCGGCGACCAUGGCUGGGUUGACAUGUUGAUCGACAUCGCCCGUAAACUGGACAAGGCUGAGCGUGAGCCCCUGCUAAUGUGUGCUGGCUACUUCAAGAAGCUGAACCACCCAAGCUACGCUGCUGAGACCUACUUGAAGAUUGGUGACCUGAGGUCCUUGGUGCAACUGCAUGUGGAGACCCAGCGCUGGGACGAGGCCUUUGCUCUGGGCGAGAAGCAUCCCGAGUUCAAGGAUGACAUCUACGUGCCCUAUGCUCAGUGGCUAGCAGAGAACGAUCGCUUUGAGGAGGCCCAGAAAGCAUUCCACAAGGCUGGGCGGCAGAGAGAAGCAGUCAGGGUGCUGGAGCAGCUCACACACAACGCAGUGGUGGAGAGCAGGUUCAGUGACGCUGCCUAUUACUACUGGAUGCUGUCUAUGCAGUGCCUUGAUAUCGCUCAAGAUCCUGACCAGAAGGACACAAUGCUUGACAAGUUCCACCAUUUCCAGCACCUGGCUGAGCUGUACCACGGCUACCAUGCCAUUCAGCGGUACACGGAGGAGCCCUUCAGCUUCCAUCUUCCAGAAACCCUCUUCAACAUCUCCAGGUUCCUGCUGCACAGUUUGACCAAGGAUACCCCCUUGGGCAUCUCUAAAGUGAACACACUCUUUACCCUGGCCAAGCAGAGCAAGGCCCUGGGUGCCUACAAGCUGGCCCGGCAUGCCUAUGACAAGCUGCAGGGCCUGCAGAUCCCAGCCAGGUUCCAGAAGUCCAUUGAGCUGGGCAGCCUAACCAUCCGCUCCAAGCCCUUCCAUGACAGUGAGGAGCUAGUACCCUUGUGCUACCGCUGUUCCACCAACAACCCGCUGCUGAACAGCCUGGGCAACGUGUGCAUCAAUUGCCGCCAACCCUUCGUCUUCUCCGCCUCCUCCUACGAGGUGCUGCACCUGGUGGAGUUCUACCUGGAGGAAGGGAUCACUGAUGAAGAAGCUGUCUCCCUCAUUGACCUGGAGGUCCCAAGACACAAGCGGGAGAGCAAGUGGCAGGAGAUCUCAAGCAACAAUUCCCAGACGCUGAGGCUGGAUGAGACCAUGGACUCCAUAGGAGAUGAGGACCCGUUCACAGCCAAGCUGAGCUUUGAGCAAGGGGGCUCGGAGUUCGUGCCUGUGGUGGUGAGCCGGUCAGUGCUGCGCUCCAUGAGCCGCCGGGAUGUCCUCAUCAAGCGCUGGCCUCCACCCCUGCAGUGGCAGUACUUCCGCUCACUGCUGCCUGACGCCUCCAUCACUAUGUGCCCCUCCUGCUUCCAGAUGUUCCACUCGGAGGACUACGAGCUGCUGGUGCUGCAGCACGCCUGCUGUCCCUACUGCCGGAGGCCCAUCAGCGACCCCAGCCCAUGAUCAACAACUGUACCUGGCCGCCUUGGGGGAGGCUGUGGGAGGGAAGAGAGCUAAAGGCAGAACGUGCUCCUACCCAGAUGAAGUUCGGGUCUCAGGGAGGGGCUUGUAACCACAGCAUUCCUAUUUAUGGCAUUUCGUGCCUUGUAAAUAGCACCAGGAGAUGGGGAAGAGCAUGUACACAUGUUUUCUAAGAAAAAAAAUCUGUUACUUUCAGAAGGGCUCAAGUUGUUCACGGCAGCCUGCUGGAGUCCACAGAUCUGUCAGACCGUUAACAUGUACGCUUUGCCGACAGAUUGCCUCAAUAAUGACAAAUAAAGGGCUACUCGUUCUC